UCAUCCCAGCCAUCUCACACGCUCUUGCACACACAUUAUCGUCAAUGGCCGAGGGAGAGGAAUACAAGGUGCUCAUCGAGCAACAAGCCAACAAAGACGGCAGCGAACCACACCAACACGAGGACGAUGAUGACGCCGAUGACACCUCGAGCUUCAUCCUGGUCAUGAACCUCGUGCUGAGCGGCACGGCACGGCUCAACGUCCUCCUCCCAACGGCGACCAUCCUGGCCUUCGCCAUCUUUGCCCCUCUCGUCACCGACGAUGGCAAGUGCACGCGCAUCAACCACGUCCUGACCGCCGCAUUCGUGCUGCUCUGCGCCACCUCCUGCGUCUUCUUCACGCUCACCGACAGCUUCCGCUCUGCCACGGGUCGCCUUCGUUACGGCGUUGCCACCCUAACAGGCAUCGCGACGUUCUGUGGUGGUCGGAAGGCGCCAAGGGAGGCAGAGAGGUACAGGCUGCGGUGGUCGGACCUGUUCUACACCACGCUUUCGCUGGUGGCCUUUGUGACCUUCGCCGCCUCGCACCACGACAUCGUACGGUGCUACUACCCCGAGGUGCCCAGGAAGGUGGUGAACACCGUGCCGCUGGUGAUCGGCUUCGUGGUGAGCCUCCUCUUCGUGAUGUUCCCUUCCAAGAGGCGAGGGAUCGGCUACCCGUUCCUGCUCAGGACCGACCUCGUGUACCUACGGCGCUGAACUUUUUGCUGUGCCUGUGCUGGGGCAUGCAAAUAUGCAACGGAUCUGAAUAUCCCGCCGUUAAGGUCUCUCUGUAAA